AUGUCGAGCAACGUAGAUCACGAUGCUCUUACGAGCGAGCUCAUGGCCAUGGCCGGAAUCUCCACGGAACAGGCCACCCAAUACCUCUCCGCCAACAAUUGGGAUCUCGCUGCUGCUGCCCAAGCAUAUUUCGCCGAUGAGGAAGAGGACGACGCCGGUACUUCUGGUAACGUUUCCACUACUCCAGACUAUAGCAAUUAUACUGGACCGCGCACUCUCGAUGGACGUCCCGCGCCGCAGUCUAUUCCUACCACUUCCAGCUCUUCCAAACGAGCGCCCAAGAAGAAGGGACUUGCCACACUAAGCUCUCUCGGUGGCGGCCACGGACAUGAUCACGAUGAUGAGGACGACGACGACGACGACGAUGAGUCUCACAGAGACACGUACGCCGGAGGUGAAAAGAGUGGGCUUGCUAUUCAAGAUCCGAAUCAGCGCCCGGACAGUAGACAAAUCGUAAACGAUAUCCUCGCCAAGGCGCAAAGCAACGCUAGGAAUCCGGAGACUUCUUCCCGUGCUGGCCCGUCCAGCUCGGCUUCUUUCCGCGGUACCGGACAAACCCUCGGGGGCGAAGGCGCUCCCAGUCGAACGAUUCCCGAUCCUCUUGCACCCACCGCUCCCGAUGCUCAGGCGCAUCCUACGGGUGAGAUUCAACGACGAACACUACAUCUAUGGCGCGACGGAUUUAGCGUCGACGACGGAGAGUUAUAUCGCUUUGAUGAUCCCCAGAAUACCGAGGCUCUACGCAUGAUACAGCAAGGCCGAGCUCCUAUUCAUUUAAUGAACGUUAGACUUCACGAACCUCUCGAUGUCAAUCUCCAGCAGCACGAAGAAAACUAUCGACCGCUCCCUAAGGUCUACAAGCCGUUUAGCGGCGAAGGUCGUCGCCUGGGAAGCCCAGUGCCGGGCGAAUCAGCUAUCGCCUCUGUAGCUCAACCUACCCCGUCCGCUUCCACCACAGCUGCUGCUGCCUCAUCCUCGGCAGCUCCAGGUGCGGCCGUAGACAACUCUCAACCCACUGUAAUGAUCCGCAUCCAGAUGCCUGAUGGUACACGAUUACCGGCGCGAUUUAACACCUCGCACACGGUCAACGACGUAUAUGACUUCAUAUCUCGAUCGUCUCCGGAUCUGCGAGCGGGCGGAUGGGUAUUGGCCACCACAUUUCCCAACAAGGAUCACACGGAUAAGUCCUUGGUGUUGGGCGACAUGGCCGAAUUCAAGAAGGGUGGUACCGCGAUGGUGAAGAGGAUCUAA